CGGCGCUGGAACAAUAUAGGCCUCAGUGGUGACUGCCAGACAACAGACAAAAGAGGAUUGUCUUUCUGGGUUGGAUCAGAGAAAAAAUAAGUGAAAUUACAAGUUGAAUCAUUCAACUGAAUCUUUGUGGUACCAUUUUUUCUAUUGAAGAAGCCAAUAAAAAGUUAUUCAAAACUUCUUAAAUACUAAAACUCUUUUCACAAUUUCAAACCAUAUUGUUUAUUUAAAAUUAAUAACCAACAACAUUUUUUUUUUAAGGUGGAUUUUCAAACAGGAACUUACUUCGAGAACUGUAUGAACAUAAUUCAAUAUUUGAUUAGGCAUAUGAAAAAACAGCUUCGUGAGCCUGAUGAUUAUUAUGGAGCAAAUCCUUUAAUAAUGAAUGGAUUUUAUAAUUAUGAUUUAAAUAAAAUUAUCAUUCUCAUUGGGCUACUUCAGCCCCCAGUCUAUCACAAACAUUUACCAAAAUGCAUAAAUUUUGGUGGACUUGGAAACCUGAUUGGACAUGAGGCAACACAUGGAUUUACUCUAGAAGGACUUGAGUUUGACAAAAUCAUUGAAAAGAAAUGGGAGUGGGAUAUUGCCACAAUUGAAGCAUUUAAUGAAAAGGCUCAAUGUUUUAUAGAACAAUACAAAAAUUUUACUACAGAAUUGGGUAUUAACAUUGAGAAAGUAGUUUCUUUGACUGAGAAUAUUGCAGAUAGUGGAGGGAUUAAAAAAACCUUUUUGGCAUAUAAAAAUUGGUCAAAAUCNU